UUCAAUAAGCAAGUUUCCUGUAUUAUAAGAUGACUCGGUUCUCUUGAUGCCAUGUGGAUGUGGUGUUGUCACAGAGCUCUGGAAGGGGAGGCCCACACCGUGCUGUUUGAGUUUGUUCCGCUGACCAGCGAUGAGUUGGCUGUAGUGCCGGGCAACAUCGUGUUUGUGUGGCAGAAGGGGGCCGACAACUGGGCAUACGUGGUCUUCAAUGAAAGGAAGGGACUUGUUCCUUACAACUACCUGGAACGUUUGGACAUCUCUCUGGGUUCUAAACGUCGCCCUCUCGGCAGCAGCGGGACACUCAGCAGCAUCAUAGAGGGACCCACGCAGCAAACGAACAAUUCUUGCCUGGUCAAAAUCCACUUCACCUUCAACUUCGCCGUCUCGGUGCCACAGGGGUCCCCUUACGUGGUUCUGCUAGAGAAGAUCAGCGAGAAGCUGAAAAUCCCCUCCGCCGCGAUCACCCUGAGCUCAGAUGCUCGAGGGAAAAGACUCGUCGACAACAACACGCAGAUGAAGGACGUGUGGAGCGGUGCGCAGGGUGGGCGCAUCACCCUGUGGUGUACUACCAAAGAGGUACGCAAAGUGACGAAAGUCAGGAGUACUCAGAGAGAGAUUCACUUGGUGGCGCUUCAUUCCUACGAGUCUUCAAAUCCAGAGGACCUGAGCUUUCAGCAGGGAGAUCAAAUCCGAUUGCUCUCCAGAGUAAACCAGGACUGGUUGGAAGGGCAGUGUAACGGGAACACUGGUAUAUUUCCUGCAUCGUUUGCAGAGGAAGUUCCAACGAAUGAACCAUAACUAUUGACGUUGGAUACGAAUUUUGUUGCACAUGUAACAGAUAAGAAAUAAUUGUAAGCAGUGAUUAAAGUUGUGUUGCAUUCAAGUAUUCAUUAAACAUUACUGAAAUAAAAAGUCA